AUGAAUGACAAAGAUAUAGCCCUGACUGUGGCAAAAGCUGUAGAGGCCGUAGCAGCUGCCACCGUCGCAGUCCCGACACCAAGCUUCAGAAAACCAAUGCUUCUAGUUGAUGUCGACCCAGAAGUUGAGUCCGCCGUAGAUCUUCUUAAGGAGAUGUAUAAUGAAGUGGUAGCGGCGGCAAUCCUUAAAUCACUAGCAUGUGAUGCCGUUUCUUUCAUUGAAAGCUCUGCUUCCCUUACCACCGCAAUUGAUUUCUUCGUUCUAUGUACUUUCAUGGCUUCUCAUUCCGAUUCUGCGGCCUCUGUCCCUCCCUUCACUCCGCUCCCUCCUCAGCCUACGUUAACUCCAACAGCCGUGGCGGCAUCACCUCCUCGGAUCCUAAUUGACAGCUUUUAUGCUGAACUCAAUGCCAAGGGAUAUAAAUUUGUUGAGCCAGAGCAUCCACCUGAAGCUGAGUCAGAGAAUCCACCUAAAGUAGCCGAUGCACCCUCCAAAGUAGGGGCUACGAUCAACCUAAAAAUACUUAUCAACGGUAAAGACCUUACCACAACCAUUGCAGAAGAAGCCACUGCAACCCCCAAAGCCCUCAAAACCCGACCCACAAAACUGAAGAUUUUGAUGAAUGGCGAAGAUAUAGCUCUGGCUAUGGCAGAGGCUGCGACAUCCGCCACUGCCGCAAUCCCGACAACAAGCUUCAGAAAAUCAAUGCUUCUAGUUGAUGUCAUCCCAGAAGUCGAGUCCGCCGUAGAUCUUCUUAAAGAGAUAUAUAAUGAAGUGCUAGUGGCGGCAAUCUUUAAAUCACCGGAGGUAUGUGAUGCCGUUGCUUUCAUUAAAAGCCCUGUUGCCCCUGUCGCCGCAAUUGUUUUCUUCGUUCUCUGUACUUUUAUGGGUUCUUCUUCCGAUUCUGCGGCCUUUGUCCCUCCCUCCAUUCGGCUCCCUCCUCAACCUACAUUAGCUCCGACAGCUGUGGCGUUUUCACCUCAUCGGAUCAUAAUUGACAGCUUUUAUGCUAAACUUAAUACCAAGGGAUAUAAAUUUGCUGAGCUAGAGCAUCCACCUAAAGCUGAGCCAGAGCAUCCGCCUAAAGUAGCCGCUGCACCCUCCAAAGCCGGGGCUACAAUCAACAUAAAGAUAUUUAUCAACGGUAAAGACCUUAACACGACCAUUGCAGAAGACGUCACCGCAACCCCUAAUGCCCCUAAAUCCCUCAAAGCCGCACUCAUAAAAUUGAAGAUUCUGAUGAAUGGCAAAGAUAUAGCCCUGAUUAUGGCAGAAGCUAUAAAGGCCGCGGCAGCCGCCACCGCCGCAGUCCCGACACCAUGUUUCAGAAAACCAAUGCUUCCAGUUAAUGUCGACCCAGAAGUCGAGUUCGCCACAGAUCUUCUUAAGGAGAUGUAUAAUGAAGUGGUAGCGUCGGCAAUCCUUAAAUCACCAGUACAACUACAAAUAUCUUAUGAUUCCUUCAACAAAAAAAGAAAGAAUGAGAGGAAUUAA